GUAUAUAUACAUAUGUGCAUGAACAUGGCCACGCACAAUUAAAUCGAAUAGCAUUCGUUGGACCUAGGGAUGUUGUGUAGGGCUGAGGUAUUAAGGGUUGGCCCAGCCCAUAGAUAAAAACUAAAAACUCUAACCCUAAUUAAUUGUUCUAAAGCAUUUCGGGCCAAUUUAGGGUCGGGCUGAAAUAAGUAUGGGUUUAAAUCGGGUUAGGCCCUAUUAGAUUAAUAAAAAAUAAAUUCAUGUUUUAUGUUGAAACGACGUUGUUUUGUGAUAUCUUCUUCUCCAAUUCAGCAGAUACGACGAUCUCUUCUUCCUCGAAAUCGUCGACGAUCUCUUCUUCCUCAAACUUAGACGUCUCUCUCUGCCAGUCUCUCUCUCUCGCUUGUCUCUAUCUCCGCUUCUCUCUCUCUCUCCGCCUGUCUCUUUCCGCCUAUGCCUUUCCGCCUCUCUCUCCGCCAACCUCUCCGCCUCUGUCUCUCGAACUAGAGCAAACCCAGCUACUGAUACUAUGGAUCUCCCAUCACUUGAAACACUUGCUGUUAUGGAUGCUGAAAACAAGUACAUAGAGGUGCAGUCGGAAGGUGAAGAAGAAUCUCAUGAGCAAACACUAAGUGUCACUCGGCCAUUUAAACCGGUACGUAAAAGACGUAGGGCUAAGUGUUGGGUAGAUUUUACUCAUCUAGGACUAGAGGAUGAUGGAAAAGUAAGAGCUAGAUGUAAUCAUUGUGGUUUUAAGUUCGUAGUAGAGAAAAACCAUGGAACAUCUAUACUAAACCGCCAUUCAACCAGAUGCCCUGCUAAGCCUAGGCCUGAUGCUCCUAAAUAUGAUCACAAAGCGGAUAGAGAGAAGAUGUCUGAGAUAAUUAUAUAUCAUGACUUACUUUUUAAGUACAUUGAAUACGAAAAAGUAAGGGAAAGAGAUAGAUUUCUUAACCCUGAUGUUCAGCAUAUCUGUAGACAAACUGCAGCAGCAGAUGUCUACAAGAGAUAUGAGAUAGAAAAAGCUAAGUUGAUAGAGGUUUUUGUGAAACACAAGGGUCGAGUGUGUUUUACAGCAGAUUUGUGGACAGCCCGAAGUGUUGUGAUGGGAUAUAUAUGUAUUACUGCGCAUUUCAUUGAUGAGAAUUGGAGGUUGAAUAAUAAAAUUCUAGCAUUUUGUAAUCUGAAACCUCCUUAUAGUGGUGAAGAGAUAGCUAAGGCAGUUUAUGAUUGCUUAAAGGGGUGGGGACUGGAGAAGAAAGUAUUUACUAUCACACUGGAUAAUGCUAAAGCUAAUGAUAGUAUGCUAAAUAUUCUAAAGCAUCGGCUUCUGAGUAGCAAUGGGAGUAGCAAUGGGCUGUUGUGUAAUGGAAAGUUCUUGAACGUUAGAUGCUCGGCACAUAUCUUAAAUCUGAUUGUGAAAGCAGGAUUAGAAUUAGCCACUAGUCUAAUAGAGAACAUAAGAGAGAGUGUAAAGUUUGUAAAAGCAUCUGAGUCAAGGAAAGACUCUUUUGCUAUCUGCGUUGAGAGUGCUGGGAUCACAAGUGGUGCGGGUUUGUCUUUAGAUGUCUCUACCAGGUGGAAUUCGACAUAUGAAAUGUUGGCGAGAGCUUUAAAAUUCAGAGAGGCAUUUGCGAUUCUGAAUUUGUAUGAAAGAGGUUACAAAUGGUUGCCUUCAGAAGAAGAGUGGGAACGUGGAGUCAAAAUAUGUGACUUGCUGAAGCCUUUUAAUACCAUCAGCACUUACUUUUCAGGAGUAAAAUAUCCAACCGCAAAUGUCUACUUCAUUCAGGUGUGGAAAAUUGAGAUGAUGUUGAAGAAGUAUGCUGAUUGUAAAGAUGAUGGUGAUGUGAGAACAAUGGCUAGGGCGAUGCAAAAGAAGUUUGCGAAGUAUUGGAAUCAAUAUAGUGUGAUUCUAGCUAUGGGGGCUGCUCUAGAUCCGAGGUUGAAACUGGAUAUACUUCGAUCAGCUUAUCAAAAGAUUGAUCCAAGGACUUCUGAGGAAAAGGUUCAAGUUGUUAGGGACAAUCUGAUUUCGCUUUAUGAAGAAUAUCAAAAAUCAGCAAAUCCUUCAAAGUUUUCUGCAACAUUAACUCCACAUGAGCUUCUCACAGAGUCACCACUUGAAGAUGAUAUGGAUGAUGUAAGUUCUUCAAAUUUUUCUUAUUAGUUCUCAUUCAAAACAACAGCAAGCAAUUUACUGGUUUGUGUCUUUGUAUAUAACAGGAUCUCUUUGAGCUUGAAAAUAGCCUCAAAUCUAGUUCAAGAAAUGCUAAGUCAAAUCUGGAAACCUAUUUGGAUGUUGAACCAAGAAUAGAGAUGAAGACUUUUGAAGACAUGGAAGUUUUAAAUUUUUGGAAAGAAAAUCAGCAUCGAUAUGGCGAUCUUGCUUCAAUGGCAUCUGAUUUACUGAGCAUACCCAUCACCACUGUUGCAGCUGAGUCAGCUUUCAGUGUUGGAGGAAGAGUCUUGAGUCCUUUCAGAAAUCGAAUUCUUCCCAAAAAUGUGCAAGCACUAAUUGCCACUCGAAAUUGGUUAAGAGGAUUUGAAGAGUUUGAAGGGAAAAAUUUCAUUAUUAACUUACAGAUUUUUUAUGUUCUUUAUCUAACUUAUAUUCAUUAACUACAGGAGAUAUUGAAGAUUACUUCAAUGAUGAAGAUGAUGAAUCUGCAAAAAGUAGCUCAGAAGUUAGAGACUCUAGCACAUGAAGCAAGAUGAAGAUGUGGGGUUGUCAUUCUGUGACAAGGAAGUAAUAGAGUCAACAUCAAAUUGAAAAGAAAGAAGUCAUAUGCGUUGGAAGAGCCCAAGAGCAGAAGGAACCUUUAUCAAAAUAGAACUUUUUUACAAUUUUUAUAAUAUCUUAGACGUGAUUUAUUUCAAAGUAUGUGUCGUGGUUUGUUAUUUAUAUAAGACUCAAACCUUUGAUUUAAUGUUAUUUGAUUUAACUUUUUA